UAGAAACAUCAAUCACCCAUUCGCCUAUUUCUCCAAUUAUUUCCAAACGAAAUUACUAUUAUUUGUCUUAACAAGUAGAAGUGGCUUGCAUAUGUUAGUCUUUUAAAUGUACUUAUAAAUUACAAGAUAAAAUAUAACAAUAAAAAAUAAUAGCCUGAUUGGAUAACGAAUUCAGAUAUUGGGGACUUAUGAGCAUUUAAAUUUAAAAUAUACGAGUGUCUAACUAGAAAUUCUGCCAAAUAGGCGUCCGAACUAGGCCUUCGGGCCUACUCCCGGACAUAGCGCCAUAUACAAAAAAGAAAACCUAUUUGUUUCAAAAAAAGAUCAGUACGAAUGGCUAAAAGAGGACAAAUAAUACUUCAAGAAGAAAUCAAUAACGAUGAUGAUUGGACAAAAGUUAUGGAACUCCAAGGAAUGUAUGUCAUUGACGUAUAUGCUGAAUUUAGCGGCCCUUGUGUAGCAAUGACAACAUAUUUAAAAAGAAUCAAAAUGGAAUUGGACAAUGAUAAUCUACAUUUCGCCAUAGCAAAAUGUGACGAAAUAAAUGUGUUAAAAAGGUUUCGACAUAAAAGUGAACCACAUUGGUUGUUUUUUUUUGAUGGGAAAUUGGUCAAUGUCAUUAUUGGCGUCGAUGCUUCUAGAUUAACACAAUUAAUAGUAGAGGAAGUGGAUCAGUAUGUUAAGUUCAAGAAUGGAGAAAUUCAUAAAGAGUUUAUACCAUUAAGUAAAGUAACCGAUGAGGAGCGAGAACAACAAAUGAAAAUUGAAAACUAUCAAAAACAGAGAGCGAGGAAAGAAAAAAAAAUUAGAGAUGGAAGAAUGAUGAAAAUAAAAGAACGAGCUUUGAAACAAUUUUCGUAUGACAUCCAAAUGCAAACAUGUGUCAUGUUUUUCCCCCACACAGUCAAAUACAUUAUGGUGGAAAAACCAUUGGAAGAGGGCGCCGAAGAACUCGAAGAACCACCUGAACCUGUGAUGAUAGAAAAAAGGGUAUGUGAGGUGGCCAACUCGUGUGCUAGUAAGUAUGAGGAACUGAUCGUUAUUGAAGCUAAAGAAGUGAAAUUGACGGAAGACAGUUUGUACCAGUUGUUUUUUAUGGAAAAAGAGUUUUUGGAAAGUUUUUCGGAAGAAUUGAUCGAAGAACUGAUGAAUAAAAAUGUGUAUUCUGUAAUGUUGUCAAUGCCUACUGUCAAACACGACACAACUACAGAUGAUACACCCGAAAAUGCACCUGUUCCCAUCGACCUAAUGGGGGAAAUAGAGCUAAAGUUGAGCACAAUAAUUUACGGUGGCGGAAGCCCGUUAAACCCUGGUCCGGAUUCACUUGCAGAUAUACAUGCGGUAGUAGACGAAUACGGACAAAAAAAACCAUCAGUAUACACUCCUAGGAAUCCGUUAAGUAAAGCUUCAGCGCUCACCAUUUUGUUCAAUAAAUUCUGCAGAAACCAUGGAUACGUCGCACCCCAACCUCCUUCACCACAGUACCUUAUCAUUUUUGAUAUCAACAAAGCCAACACCGUGUUACCAGUCAUCGAGGAUCUAGAAGACACAGUCGUCUACUAUGGGUUUUUCCGUAACGCCGAUCCCGAAAAAACCAAGUUACUGUGUAAAGACCCUGAAUUGUUGGAUAUUUAUGGCGCGGAGAGAGUUGGCAAAGAGGCCAAAUUGGUGUUGUCUGUGCUCAUGGACGACAAGGACAAAAGUCUGUUGCGGUUAGUCGAAUUGGGGCCGAUAUACGUGAGCCCGGAUCACGAAGUAGGCAUCGAUGACGCAAUUAAGUUUUUCCCAUAUGACUUUGACGAGAUGGAAGGCGAGAUAAAAUUGUGGCUGUCCCAGCAAACGGCGCAGAACGAGGAGGGUAUAGGCGAAGAGUAUGAAUUUGGCGAAGGUGAAGAGGGAAUUAUUGAAGAACAGGACUCCUCACACGUUCCAGCGAAGUAACUGUCUUCAGUAAACAUUGUGUUUUCCCACGGGUACCUACUGCAAGUUCGAUUAUUUUCAAUCAUUGGCAUGAAGAAAAGAAUAUAUUUUGGUCUAAAUAUUUAACAAUUGUAAUAAUAUGUGUAUACAAAU